UGCUCGGAUACACGCUGUAGCUGCUUGGCUUGCCCGCACUGCAGAUUAACCCUUCCCGUGCCGGAAGAUGCAGCGCGAGACGGGAAUGACUUGUCUGAGCGUCUUCUCACUUAAGCUCAUGUAACAACUCGUCAAACUAUAAUCACUCUCCCUGGGAAGUACAAUAAACUCCUAAACUCAGCUCUUUCUUCAAAUAACCACACACAAGAGUGCAUGGACUGAGGCCAAACUCAGAGGAGAAGGAGCAAAACACUGAAAUGCCGACAAGCAAGGUGGAGAAGGAGUUGUGCUUCUGAGUAUUAUGUCAACCCUUUUUUAAGAAUCGACUGCUUACAACUGCAUGAGAGAAGCUCUGAAGAGGACAGACCCAUGGUGACCAGGACUGAGGCUGGUCACGCAUCCCUCACAAUGUUUUGAUGAGUACCUAUCUACAACAAGAAGCAUCCAGUCUUGCCCCUAUCCCAGAGGGGUAUUGUAGGGUGCAUCUUCCUUGUUCUGCAUGCAGAACAUCCUUGAGCAGAAUUUAGACAUGGCCACGGCGCUUCUUGCAGGCGAGAAGCUGAAGGAGCUGAUCCUGCCGGGAUCCUCUCAGGAUGACAGGGGUGGGGCCUUGGCUAGCUUCCUGGUGCAGCUGAAACUAGAGCUGCCCUUUGAUCGUGUUGUCACUAUAGGGACCGUCAUCAUCCCCAUUCUGCUGGUCACCCUCGUCUUCACAAGGAACUUUGCAGAGGAAUCCAUAUACUGUUAUACACCUCACAACUUCACCCGAGACCAGGCACUAUAUGCAAGAGGGUACUGCUGGACAGAGCUUCGAGAUGCUAUUCCUGGUGUGGAGCCUCACCUUUGGCCUUCACUCUUUGAACAUAAGUUCCUACCCUAUGCUCUGCUGGCCUUCGCAGGAGUCAUGUACGUUCCUGCUUUGGGCUGGGAAUUCCUUGCCUCAACGCGGCUCACUUCAGAGCUCAAUUUCCUGCUUCAAGAGAUUGAUAACUGCUAUCAUCGAGCGGCUGAGGGCCGGGCCCCGAAGAUUGAGAAGCAGAUCCAAUCCAAAGGCCCUGGCAUAACUGAGCGAGAGAGGAGGGAGAUAAUAGAGAACGCAGAGAAGGAGAAGAGCCCUGAACAGAAUCUAUUUGAGAAAUAUCUGGAGAGACGAGGCCAAAGCAACUUUUUGGCUAAGAUUUACUUAGCACGCCACCUCGCUAUCAUCUGCCUUAGUUCCAUCCCCAUUUCCUAUCUGAGUGCGUACUAUGCCCGCCAAAGACAGAAUGAAUUCACCUGCGCUCUAGGUGAGCCCCCAGAUAUCAGCAGCUAUUCAGAGCUGAAGAUCAGGGUCAACUGUAAGCUGCCCGCUGUGCAGCUACAGCGCAUAAUGGCUGCAGUCGAUAUAGCGCUGCUUUGCACCAUGAACUUCAUCAUCUUGCUUAACUUGUUGCAUUUGUUUGUGGUGCGUAAAUCUAACUUUGUAUUUGACAAACUGCAUAAAGUUGGAAUUAAAACACGACGGCGCUGGCAGAAGUCUCAGUUCUGUGACAUCAACAUCCUGGCUAUGUUCUGCAAUGAAAACAGGGACCACAUCAAGUCACUAAACAGACUAGACUUCAUCACUAAUGAGAGUGACCUCAUGUAUGACAAUGUGGUCAGGCAGCUGCUGGCUGCACUUGCACAGUCCAACCAUGACGCUACACCCACUGUGAGGGACUCUGGGAUACAGACCAUUGACCCCAACCUGGAUCCUUCUGAUCUCGGCGUGGGAGAGAUGGGCGGGGAGCCGCUAGUCAUCAAACGGCCCAGAAAGAAGAUUAAAUGGAUACCAUCCUCCAACCCACUUCCACAGCCAUUCAAGGAACCACUUACGCUGACGCGUUUGGAAAAUAACACCAAGCCUGACAAACCCAAACCACUCAGACGCAAAACAAUGGGUGACAACUUUAUUGCACCACUUGUGGACAGCAAGGGCACACAACAUCCUUCUACAAAAGAUAUAGGUGGAAUGGAGAAAAAGCAUACACGAAACUUCUCACUGGACGUCCACCCGUACAUGCUGACGAUCCGUAAGCCUAAGGUGGAAGCCCCAGCCACAGUUCCCCUCCCCUCUGAGCACAACAUGGAUACAGUUUAUCUCGAGGGCACACACACAAUUGUUCAUGUGUCUGCUGCAAUUACAGAAACUAAGGUUUGCUCUCCAGAAUCUACCAACACUGCCUUCGCUACAGUGACUCUGCCUACAACCACAUAUGUAAAUGGUGUGAGCCCAAACCCUCCAUCCAGUGAGGAUCCACUCAGUCCAAAGUCCACCCCUCCACAAACAGAGCCUCUUGCCCAGAUGGAAAAAUCUGAGCCUCAACCGCCACCUCUGACCAUAGCCCCCACACACCAGCUUCUGAGCAUACGUCAUACUCUUUUUGAGGAAGAAGAAGAUGAAGAAAACAGAAGGGACAGGCUGGCUGAGAGACCCGCAGAGCUCAUUGCUGCUGGAGAAUGUUAAAUUGGAAACAGAAGAAGACACUAUCACAAUCACCUUCCACCAACAGCUACUUCUUCCUCACAUUUAAUUAACUCACACACCUCUGGGAUGGGUGACUGGGGCAUUCUGACAAGCAGAAAUGGACAUCGAAGAAAUGAGAUGGAAAAGCUUUUGGCUGUAAAAAAAAAAGAAGAAGAAAGUUUCAGAACAGCUAAAAAGAAAUAUGUGUAUUUGCUAGUGCUGACCAUUGUAUAACUGUGGGAAAUGAUGUCACACUCAUGUCUCAGGAUGACUGUGCUCAGAUGAUCGCCCACCAAUGAAACCAGCAAUGAACACAAUAUAAUUCAACAGGGUGCUACAGUGCAGUACAGGCUCAAACAGCUGUACUGCAAGACAUGAGAGAGAGAGAGAGAGAGAGAGAGAGAGAGAGAGAGAGAGAGAGAGAGAGAGAGAGAGAGAGAGAGAGAGAGCGAGAGAAAUGAGCGAUCUUUUGAAUACAAAAAAGGCAGACAUCCUGUAAGUACAUAUUUGCAAGGAGGAUUGUAUUAUGACUUUAAGCAGAAUAUAUUUUAAACAUAUGACAAUGCUUUGUCCCUUUAUCCCAAUAGCCAAGUAGAAAGGUAGUCACGCAAUACAGUUAUUGAGAUUUGCACAAUGCAAAUAUGCAAAAGAUCACAGUAUAUUUGUGGCAUUAAUGAUGUAUGAGCUUUGAGCAUUACUUCACAGAUCCCCAUAUAUGUAUAGACACUGUAUUGUUCAGUGUUUGUGGGUUGUUUAGAAUAUAGUAUGAUUCAUGGCGUAUCAUUAGCAAGUCACCAUCGCUUUGGAUACUUAAUUGUUUGAGCUUGCCAUUAAUAAAAGGUAAACCAGCACAUUGUCAGACAAAACUGAACUGUUCCACUGCUCAGAGACGUACUCAGACAUGUCUAAUAAGGUAGAAGAUAUCAUUUAAAAUCAGUGGAAGAGGUAGGAAUGUUGGUGUGGUCUUCUUUAAGGCCAACAUAGUUCUAAUUUGAUGAAUGAAGCUGGACUUAACAUAGAUAGCGUUUUGUGUUUUGCUGGCUUAUUUGGGAUAUGCUGUAAUGUGAAAUUAUUGAGCUGAUGGUUAAUUGUUCAAUUGUUCCUCAGUGAAGGUUUUAUUACCGGUAUAUGAUGGCUAAUCUUAUUCCUUGUCUGCUUGUCUGACACUUUUUUGUCAUCUGUAAAUGUAAUCACAGAGAAAUAUUUUGUUGAAAUGGGUGGUUGCAUUUUUCAACAGAAACCAAACUCUUAGUUGUGAUGUCCCUUUUCACAAGAAACAAGUAUGUGAACAAGGGAAUGGGUGCCUACCAAAACCUAUCCAUAUGCAUUUCAUGCAGCUACACAUGGCUGCAGGAACCUCAAUAAAGACAGUCUACUUUCUGUAAACAUCAGCUUCACAGGUUCUGUAAAAAGCAUUAAUACUGCUAUAAAGGGCCUAAGUAGCCUACAGGUAAGCUACUUAUCUUUUGCAUAACACCGCUUACAAAGGGGAAACAACACUUUUCCAGUUCAGUCCUUAAGUUUAGCUGAUAAUCCAUCUAUUAAGGAAGUGUAAUAGAUAAAUAAAUAAUUUAAUAAAAAAAAAAAAACCUAGUUAGAUUACUUAAGCACACUAAAUACAUUCAGGAGCACUUUAUUACUAGUAGCACUUGUGAGUGUGAGGGCAUGUUGAAACUGCUUAAAACUCAUAUUCUGUGUUGAUUUUCACAUACAGAUUGUUUCAGAGACACAUCUCUCUGAAUGGUAGUGAACACACAGAACAUAGAUUUUGAUUGUGGUCUGUUCAAAUGUGUAAUA